GACCCUCUGACGCAUAGUGAUGGGGAGACCCAGGAAGGAUCCCACCAGCACAUCAUCCCCUCAGCCAGCCACAGCUGCCUCCAAAACCACCCCCGCUGCAUUGCCAUCUUCCACCUCGGCCACCCCGGCCAAGGCCACUGCUGUGGGCAGCCGAUCCAGGAGUGCUCUUGCUGCCGAGGCUGCUGGCCCCAGCCAGGGGGCAAAACCAAACCCCACUCAGCCAAGACCCACAGCAUCCCGUGGGGCAAAGUCAGACUCCACUCAGCCAAGACCCACAGCAUCCCGUGGAUCAAAGUCAGACUCCACUGAGCCAAGACCCACAGCAUCCCGUGGGGCAAAGUCAGACUCCACUCAGCCGAGACCCGCAGCAUCCCGUGGAGCAAAGUCAGACUCCACUCAACCGAGACCCACAUCAUCCCGUGGAAACCGAGGAGAUGCUGGGGACCAGCACACAGUGUCUGCUGGGAGUUGCUCUGCAACCCAGAAGAAGCCGCCUGAUGCCAAGCGAGCCACCGGUCCGGCCAGACCUGACCCACAUCUGCAGAAGCAGCAGCCUGGGGCUGAGUCGAGCGAGGCCUGGAGCCAAUUCCUUCCCCCCCUGGAGAGACAGGACAUCCCUUGGGUGGAGAAGGAGACCCGGGGCCAGCGGAACAACCCCAACUGGUACAAGUGGCGGGAGAACCGCAUCACCGCCUCUGUGGCUCCCAAGAUCGCCAACAGCAAGUUCGCCAACAACAAGACGACUGAAGUGCCUCAGUCCUACCUGAAAGCGGUGGUGAGCUCCAGCCCCGGGGUGCAGACAGCAGCCAUGGCCUGGGGGAUCCGCAAAGAGAAGGCAGCUGUGAAGGCCUAUGAGCAGAUGAAGUCGCAGGCGUUGGGCAAGCCGGUGUGGGUGGACGACUGUGGCCUCUUCAUUCACCGGGACAAGAAUUGGAUCGCUGCCAGCCCGGACGGCAUCAUCAAGGAGGUGGCCACGGGGAGGGCCCUGGGGCUGCUGGAGGUGAAGUGUCCCUACAAGCACAGGAACAGGACGGUGCGCGAGGCCUGCAAGGACAAGGACUUCUGCCUGGAGUUGGAUGGGGACUCCUAUGCCCUGAAGAAGGAUCAUGCCUACUUCACCCAGGUCCAGUGCCAGCUGGCGGCUGCCGACUUCCAGCGGGCCGACUUUGUGGUGCAUACCACCAAGGAGACGGCCGUGGUCCCUGUGGAGUUUGACGCUGAGUUCUGGUGGCAGACAGUGCCCAAGCUGGAGAAGUUUUACACCGAGGCAGUGAUUCCCUACCUGGAGGAGAAGGCAAAUGGCUCCGUCUGGGCCAAGGAGGAGUAGAACCCCCCUGCACCUCACUCACCUGGAUGCUUGCUUGGCUGCACAAACCCAGCUUUGGCCCCUAGCCUAGAAACCAUGCCCAGUUUUGCUGAGACCAUUCGCUGCCUCUGCCCCAGCACAACGGCCUCGGGACUGACACGUUGUACCAGCAGUACCCUGGUUUGGUAAGGGGGUCCCCACAAACGCUGACCUCCUCCUGCUCUAGACAGGCCAGCACUUGGCCCCCAGUGCCUUCUUGUCCUGUCCUUCACCGCAUCCCCCGUUUGACCCAACGGCUUGGUGGAAGCUGGCACACCUCUGGAUCUGCAGGGGAAGCCAGUGAUACCUCUGUGCUGGAAUAACAGACUUAAUUUGUGGAGAAAACUGGAUCCUUUGGCACCUGAACUGCUGUCAACACUACAAUGUUAGUUCUACUCCAGAGUGGAGACAGGGAAGGUUUGUCAGAGCCCAAGAGCUUUUGAGCUAAAUACUGAUGUGCCUCGAGAGUCGCAGCAAGAGCGUGUGGAGACCCUUCCUCCCCGAGCCAUCAGACCUGCUGCUGCUUUGGAGCAGCCCGUGAUGAGCUGGCUGCAGCCUCAAAGAUGGUUGUCCCCCGGCCCAUGCACCUCCAGAGGACCUUCUUGUGGAGCAUCCCUGUGUACUGCAGCAGGGCAGGGAAGCGGUCAUCACUCCAUUAAAUACAAGAUG